CAGGACGAUGUCCGAGGAAAUCCGAAAAUUGGUGUUGAGGUGGGGGAAAGCAGAGAUUAAAGCCCCUCAUCGACCCUCUUCAUUGCGGGCUGCAACCCUGACCCAAACUCAAGCUUAAAUACCAUCCAUCAUCACCUUUUAUUCUUCAAGAGCUACACAUCUUAAUCUCCAAUCGAACACCACAAACCGCCCAAUCGCCACUACACAUCCAGCAAAAUGCCUUCCCUCAACGGACGCGAAAUCGGCCACACCGGCUACGGAACCAUGAGAAUGACCUGGGUCCCUCAGCCUCCCCCGGAGGAGCAAUGCUUCGAAACCCUGAACACCACCCUCAAGCUCGGAGCCAACUUCUGGAACGCCGGCGAGCUCUACGGCACGCCCGAUUAUAACUCGUGCCACCUCCUGAACAAAUACUUCACCAAGUACCCCGAGAACGCCGACAAGGUCGUCCUAAGUAUCAAGGGUGGCUUGAAGCGUGGAGAGCUUAUCCCUGAUAGCUCCGAGGCCAACAUCCGCCGGAGUGUGGACGAGUGUCUGCGCCUGCUGGACGGAAAGAAGAAGAUUGAUAUCUUUGAAUGCGCUAGACAGGAUCCCAACGUGCCGGUGGAGCAGCAAGUGACUAUUCUGGCGCAAUAUGUCAAGGAGGGCAAGAUUGGAGGUAUUGGGUUGAGUGAGGUGGAUGCAGAGACUAUUCGCAGAGCUCACAAGGUCCACCCGAUCGCAGCGGUAGAGGUUGAGUUGUCCCUCUUUGACACCACGAUCCUCAACAAUGACGUCGCGAAGGUUUGUGCUGAGCUCAACAUCCCCGUUGUGGCUUACUCGCCUUUGGGCCUCGGUGUGUUGGCCGGUGCUUUCACCAGUGUGACUGAGAUCCCGGAGGGCGAUUUCCGCAGAACACUACCCAAGUUCCAGGAGGAAGCCAUGAAGGAAAACAUCAAGCUGGUCAAUGAGGUCAAGGCCUUGGCCACGCGCAAGGGUGUGGCUCCUGCACAGAUCGCCCUGGCUUGGAUCCUCACCCUCAGCGGCAAGCCGGGAAUGCCCACCUUUAUCCCCAUCCCCGGUGGUACAACGGUUGACAAGGUUACUCAGAACCUGGAGGGAGUCCCUCGCCUUAGUGAUGCUGAGAUGGACGAGCUUAAGGACAUUUUGGACCGGAUUCAGGUGGUCGGAAGUCGCUGGUAAGCUACGGUUGUACGGUUUUCAUAAUGCGUGUGCUUUGGUGAUUUUUUGAGAUUGAACAUAAUAUC